CCGAGCUGCCGCCGCCAACUGCCUUUCCUGAGGCCGGAGCAGUCCCUGUUCGUACGCCUUGCUGGAGUUCUACUCGAGCUCUGACACUGCGGAGGGCUCAGCUCUUAUCAGGAGGCAUUGGGCGUCUGGUUGUCACGUCGCUUGUGGAAACAAAAAUAACAAAGGUGAAAAAUCCUAAAGAUGAACAGCAAUGCACUACACGUGUCUUCAAAGCUGCCUUGGCUAGAAGUGGAAUGUAGUUUCCUGACAGAUCUUCUUACAAGGAAGUUGUAAAUCCGUUCUAAUGGCCAACAAGAAAGAGCCUCCUUUUUUUAAUAAAGAUAAUAUGGGACCAUUUCACUACAAACUUCCUUUCUAUGAAACUAUGGAGCUCUUCAUUGAAACGCUUACAGGAACCUGCUUUGAACUGCGAGUUUCCCCCUUUGAAACAGUUAUUUCUGUGAAAGCUAAAAUUCAAAGACUGGAAGGUAUUCCUGUCUCUCAGCAGCACUUAAUUUGGAACAAUAUGGAACUAAAGGAUGACUAUUGUUUGGAUGAUUAUAACAUUUCAGAAGGCUGCACUGUGAAGUUGGUUCUGGCUAUGCGAGGUGGACCUGUUAACACCAGAAGAGUUCCUGUGAAAGAUCCUAUCAGGGAAAUGGCUGAAUACAUGGAUCCUGCUAGAGACAAGGUCUGGGAGAAAGGGCCGUCCAACAAACAAGUCACCUUCCUCGUGUAUCGCGAAGGAGAUCGCUUGAAUUUCUUCCGUGUGGUUGACCGGGGCGAUGGCACUUUAACACCACUGUCUGAGUCUUUGAGACUAAAGCUGUGGGUCACUCUGAAUACUACUGAACACUGCUGGUUUUCCAUGCUGACAGGUGUGUUCAUAUGUGUGGGUAUAUUGGUGACUAAGCAUUUUGAAGCACAUGUUUAUCAUCCUUUCUCACAUUCUUCAUUAGAGGGUGAAUACAAACUUUCUUUUAUUUUCAGCGGUGGUUCAGUUUAUAAUUUAUAUGCUGAUGAUGAAGAUGAGACAGAGGCAUCACCUUCUGGCCAACAGAUUAUUGAGAAUUCAAUUACUAUGAACAAAAUGAAACUGCUCAAGGCAAAGAUGGAGAACAUGAAUCUGAGUAAAAAGCCUAAGAAAACUGUCAAGGUGAAGCCUCGGCCUCCCAUGACUCCUCGACCAUCGAGUGGCUCGGUGGCUGCUGCCCGUCACCGCUUCCUCAGAGUGCUGCCCCACAUCGGACAGUCGUGCCUACCUCCUCCCGGGCAUUUGCAUCAGUCAGAGUCUCCCCAAAAUGCACUUUCAGCACUGGCUACCUUGGCCACUGCUGGUAGAACAAUGCCAGCCACUGCUAAUCACUUCCUUAAGGAAGAUGACACUUGGCAGAGCAGCUCUUGGUCUCAGCCAGUCAAUAGCAUCAGGUUACCACCGAAAAUAUCUCGUGUUGAACUAGAAAAUGCAAAGCUACCUACAAAUAGUAUUCUGACUCCUGUUUCAUCCCUCCCUGCAAAUUCAGAAAAAGCACCUGAAAAUCCACCCUCAGCGAGUGAGGAGGAUGCUGUUUUGUUUCCAAACCUAACAAACGUGGAACUAUAUGGAAAAGAAGAACAUCUACCUGAACCAGAUGGUUAUGCUUUUUUAACAGAAGGAAGUACUGCUGAACAGUGUAGUGAGAUAUAUGACAUAGGAAAGGUGAACCCAGAGCUUGAACUGCCUGAUGGAGACAAAGAUUCUAAGGUUGUAGAGCAGCAUAGCAAACCUCUUGGCAAAGUGCUGAGCACUGCAGCAAUGGAGACUGGUCUUCUCAGUACUCGUGAAUUAGGUCCUCAGAAGAAUCUGCUGUUGUCUCCCCUGCGGUAUUCAGCGCAAGUGGCACAUCACAGUGCCCUGAAGCCACAAGCACAGCCCAGGUGCUUUGAGGCUGGUAACUUGAGAUCUGCAGCCUCCCCAAAUGUGCUUCGAUCGUUGGAAGUACGUAGUAUAGCAGACUCCUCUUUUCCUAGGACCACUAGAUUUUGUAGUGUGAAAGUAGAGUCACUUGGCAAAAGACCUGAUGGAAUUUCUAAAGCAGAGACUAGGGACAUCACAGAUGUGGCUAGCAAGGCACCCAAAGAACCUGCGAGUUCUGUAAGUAACUUAGGAUUUCUGGCUUCGCUGGCCCGAAGCACAAACAGGGAAAGUUUACAGAGUUCCUGUGGGACUGACGGCUUUCGGACUUCUGGUAUUGCACUACCUGCAAGCCUGCAGCAUUUUCAGGAAGAAAGCUUUAGGAAAACUGCUCCUCCAAAUGAAGCUGCUGAAUAUAUUCUAUCUGCGCAUGGGCUUGGAAUGAAUGGAAGUAUGGCAGCUGUAGGGAAAAGAGUAGGUGAAGCAACCCAUCUUCCACCUGUGAAUGGCUUAAUUCAAGCAAAAAAGAAAAUUUCAAAGCACUGCUUUCUUUGUGGCAAGAAAACUGGAUUGGCAACCAGCUAUGAGUGCAGAUGUGGAAACAACUUCUGUGCAACACACCGCUAUGCAGAGACUCACACUUGCACCUAUGACUACAAGAGUGCAGGACGGAGGUACUUACAGGAGACCAACCCCAUCAUUAGUGCACCAAAGCUUCCCAAAAUUUGACAUGGUUGUGCUGCAUGUGGCCGCUCUGCUGUUGAGGAAUUGUACUGAAUUGAGAGAAGCACUUGCUUAAACUGCAUCAUUUUGCCAUGCUCCGUAUUUAAAGAUUUGCCAAGUAACAAAAGCACAUGAGGAUGCAUCGAAGAAUAAUGUGAACACUACUGCAGUUAAAACUUUUCUUCUUGAGUGAAUGAAAGGUUAAAAAUUAGUUUCUGAAAACUUACACUAUGAUUUAACUGUUACUGCACGUGUUGUGUUUUAUAUUUGGAAAAGCUAUUUCACUAGACAAGUCUUUAAAGAUGCACUUUACUAACUUUACUGUAUAACCAGAGUUGAGGGAGUGUUGUAAUGAGGGUGUCACGUAAUGUCUUCUGUACUCUUGUUUUUGUCCAUUGUGUGGUAUCUUCUAAGUUAUUUCACUAGAAAGAUCCUCCUCCCUCCCCUUUCUUCAAACAGCCUGUUUUGAGAUUUUAAGGGGAUAGUGUGUUCCACCCCUCUGUUUCAUUCUGAUUGAUAUUUGUACAUUGUGUGUCCAUUCUGAAAAUUACAUAUCAUCUUAAUCACAUUUUCUUAAAAUAAUGCUGUUUAUAUGACAAGUUUGUUUUUAAAUAGAAGGUUCCCUGUUUGUUGCCAUUAAAUAUAAGAAACAACUUAUUUUAACUUUUUUUGUAAUCCUAGAUUUUUUUAAGACUUCACAACUUGCUUUGUUAAGAUGUUGAAUGCUGUUACUGGAAGAAAUUCUAAUAAAUAUUAAAUUUUA